AUGAAUAAGCCACAAAAGAGAAACAAAUUGCAAGAAAUUUUAAAAGCGUGCGAAAUACUUCAAGACGACUCGGAUAAGAUCCAAUUGGUGGUCGAAUACAUCACCAAACAAUUAUAUAUCAAUGUGAAGAAAACACAAUAUCCGUCGAUUGAAAAAGAGGACACCUUAAAGUUCUUAUUUGCUCUAAACAUUACACCAAAAGAAACUCAUCCACUUCCCAUAUGUGAAUCCACCUUAGAUAUUCUUGUGGAUUGCUACUACCAAUUUAUAGAUACCGAUAGCAUCAAAGAUUUAUCAGAAUCAUUCGAAAAGGCAGCAAAACACCUUUCCGAGAGUACGAAACAAAGAGUUCGGGCUCAUCACAUAUUUUCAUUAGUAUCAAGUUUGCAAAGAUUAGAUUCAAUGCAAAGAAAAGAUCUGGGUGAAAUAGUCGUUUCCAGUGCCAUUUCUUCUUUACUAGAUGUCAUUUGUUGCAUUAAGGGCCACGUUCAAAAUGGGUAA